AUGGUGAAGAUACCAGCAUUCGAGGUGGAGCAAUGGAUGGACAAGUACGAAAACACGCCCGGCGUGCUCAACAUCGCCGAGACAUGUGCCUCGUCCAUCUCCGUCAGACAGCUCAUCCAGUUGAACGACCAGGCAGGUGCACCGCCACCACUCGGUUUCUCGACGAGGAUGACGUACGGCGCCAUCCGUGGAUCGGAGCAGCUGCGCCGGAACAUCGCAGACACGUAUGCGGACGAUGGAACGUCGAGUGCCGUUUCGCCGGACGACAUCAUCGUGACACAGGGCGCCAUCUCGGCAAAUCACCUGGUGUUCUACAGUCUUGUCGGACCGGGGGAUCACGUUGUCUGCGUGUUCCCGACAUACCAACAGCUCUACUCCGUGCCCGAGAGUCUCGGCGCCGAAGUGUCGCUGUGGGAGCUGAAGGCAAAGAACGGCUUUAUUCCAGACGUCGCUGAGCUUGAGAUGCUGGUCAAGGUCAACACGAAGAUGAUUGUCAUCAACAAUCCGAACAACCCAACUGGGGCGAUAAUUCCGAAGGCCGUCCUAACCCAGAUCAUAGAGGUGGCACGCAAGCACGAUAUCAUUGUGUUCUCAGACGAAGUCUACAGGCCCCUAUUCCACGGCCUCGAAGCAGAAGACGUCCCGCCAUCCGCUCUCUCACUGGGCAAUUCCAAAGUCGUGGUCACGAGUUCCACGUCCAAGGCCUGGGCGCUGGCCGGCAUUCGCGUCGGCUGGGUCGCCUCUCGUGACCCCACGAUCAUCGAGCAGGUUGCCGUGGCCCGCGACUACACGACCAUCAGCGUGUCACAGCUCGACGACCAAGUAGCACGGUACGCGCUUGGCGCCAGUGUGAGGCCACAUCUCUUAAAGCGGAAUAUGGAACUGGCGAGGACCAACCUCGGGCUCCUGGAGCGGUUCGUCAAGGAUCAUCCUUCGCAUUGCUUCUGGAUCAAGCCCACAGCAGGAACAACUGCCUUCGUACAGUUCCUGAACGGGUCUGAGCCAGUUGAUGAUGACGCUUUUUGUCGAGAUGUCCUGGAGAAGACGAAGGUGAUGUUCGUCCCGGGCGCGCGGUGCUUCGGUCCUAGGGGCGAGUUCAAGGGGUUCGUACGGAUAGGCUACGUAAGCGAGACUGAGGUUCUUCAGCAGGCCUUGGAGAGGCUGGGCUCUUAUAUCAAGGAGCAUAUGACAUAA